AUGUUGAGAAGUGGGAUUGCUAAUGCUGGUGUGACCGCAUUUGCGAAGGGUGACUCUACUUCUUUUCAUGUCAAUCUGAAUAAAAAAUCAGCCCCUCCUAGACAGUUUGUCCAGAAAGUCAGUUUUGAUCAGAACAAGUCUCCUAUUUUAUGCAAGUAUUGUAAGAAACCUGGACAUUUGAUUGAUAAAUUCUAUAAGCUCCAUGGAUUUCCACCAAACUAUAAAUUCACCAAAGGUAAACGAACUGCUGCAAAUGUUGAGGUGCAGAGUUCAGCUUGUGCUUCUGAAUAUGGACCAGUUUCCACUGAGAGUCCUGUUGAUUCUAAUUAUGUGAUUCCUGGUCUGUCUAAGGACCAGUAUGAUCAGCUUCUGAUGUUACUUCAGCAACAUCACAUUUCAGAGUCUCUCCCUCAGUCUAGUCUGAUGGCGUCUGCUAAUUUUGCGGGUAUAGUUCCUUCCCCUGAUUGUGUAUGCAAGGUGUCUUAUGGUGCAUGCAUGCUAACUAGAGUUCAUGAGUACGCUUGGAUAAUAGAUUCUGGGGCUACUAAUCACAUGACUUCUAAGAAAGAACUUCUUUUUGAUAGUCAACCUUUAGUUGUCCCAUAUUUGGUCACACUUCCUAAUGGAUAUAAAGUCAAAGUCACUAGCACUGGUUCUCUUCACUUUCUUUCUUUCACACUUCAUCAUGCCCCUUCAAUGAAGAGGCCACUGGAAAUUGGUAAACAGGAUCAUGGGCUAUACAAGCUUGUGCAGCCAUGUCCACAAUCUGAUUCUAAUGUUCUUGUUGCUGCUUGUAAUAGUUUUCCUACUUGUUCUUCUACUUCUAUGUCUUCCAAUUGUAAAUACCAUUCUCCAUUGGCUGCCAUUGGAACUGAUAAUCAUUCUUUUGUUUCCAUGGUCAAGACACAAUUUCAAACUUGCAUUCAAACUAUUAGAAGUGAUAAUGCUCUUGAACUUGGGUCUGGUGCUCUUGUUGGCCAAUUCUUUGCUGACAAUGGCAUUGUUCACCAAACAUCUUGCCCACACACACCACAACAAAAUAGGGUCUCUCCUUCAUCUGUUACUUCUACAUCAUCUACUUCUCUUGUCCCUUUCUCUUCUUAUGAGUUUCAUUACACCUCUUCUCAUGAACCUGAUCAUGUCUCAUCCUCAACACUUGUUGCUUCUCCCUCUUCUUCUCCUAUUCCUUCUCCUGUGUCUGAUCCUCACUCUGCUCCUGUCCUUGAACCUGCUCCUGCUCCUCCUAUUGCCCCUAGUCUGUCUCCACCUCUUGUUAGGAGAUACACCAGAAAUCAUGUUACUCCCAGUCAUCUCCAACAGUAUGUUUGCAGUCUGCCUCCUUCUCUAUGUGGCUCUAGUUCUUCUUCCUUUUGUUCUCAAAGUUCAGUUAGCAUUGCUGGCCUGGAACCUCAAUCUUACCAUCAGGCAGCUUCUAUUCCAGCUUGGCAAGGGGCCAUGAGAAAGGAAUUUGAGGCUCUUGAGGCUAAUGAUACCUGGUACAUUGUUGAGUUACCUCCUGGCAAGAAACCCAUAGGUUAUAAAUGGGUCUAUAAGAUAAAAUAUAAAGCUGAUGGGUCUAUAGAAAGAUAUAAAGCUAGGUUGGUUGUUAGGGGUGAUACACAUGUGGAUGGUGUAGAUUAUAAUGAAACCUUUUUUCCAGUCAUCAAAUUUUCUAGUGUUAAAUGUCUUAUUGUUGUGGCUGUGAAAAGGAAUUGGUCUAUGUUUCAACUUGAUGUAAAUAAUGCAUUUUUGCACGGGGACUUGGAUGAGGAGGUCUACAUGAAAUUUCCCCCUGGUUUGUCUGCUGAGAGUGUUGCUUCAUCUGCUUAG